AUGGCGCCCCUCGACAAUACCGUCAACAUGAACAAUCCCUAUCAGCGUCACAGCCGCUCCAGCGCAACUCCCUCCCAGCGCCCACGAUCCUGGAAGAGCCGGUCGUCGCGGCAAGACGCGCCGGCGGACCACGAUGAUCAAACCCAUGGACCUGCUCACGACCGCAAGAGCAAAGAUGCGUGGUGGAAGACACGCCUCUUCUCCGGCAUGGUGAAUGAUGUCAAGAGGAGAGUGCCGUUUUACUGGAGCGAUUACGCGGAUGCGUGGGACUACCGCGUGGUCCCAGCUACCGUGUAUAUGUAUUUCGCCAAUAUCCUUCCUGCCUUGGCUUUUUCGCUCGACAUGUUCGUCAAGACGGAUAUGAGUUUUGGCGUUAAUGAGGUCUUGCUUGCCAGUGUGCUGGGGAGUGUGGUGUUUAGCCUCGCGGCUGCGCAGCCGUUGGUUAUUGUUGGCGUUACUGGUCCCAUCACAGUCUUCAACUACACAGUAUACGACAUCAUCACACCACGCGGAACGAACUACUUUGCUUUCAUGUGCUGGAUCGGGAUAUGGGCGCUCAUUUUCCAUUGGAUUCUCGCCAUAACAAAUUCCUGCAACGGCCUCCGCUACGUCACCCGCUUUUCCUGCGACAUCUUCGGCUUCUACGUCGCCUUCAUCUAUCUGCAGAAGGGCAUCCAGGUCCUCACCCGCCAGUGGGAAGUCAGCGAUGCGUCGGCCUAUCUAUCCAUCAUGAUUGCACUACUCGUUACAGCCGUGGCCUACCUCUGCGGCGUCAUCGGCCAGUCGUCGCUGUUUCCUCGCCACGUACGCAAAUUCGUCGAGGACUACGGCACUCCCCUCACUGUGAUCUUCUUCACAGGCUUCGUGCACAUUGGGAAAAUGGAGGGCAUCGAGCUCUUGAAACUGCCAACCUCGAAGUCCUUCUUCCCAACCACCGACCGUGGCUGGUUCAUCCACUUCUGGGACAUCAGCGUGGGAGACGUCUUUCUUGCCAUCCCCUUCGCUGUCUUGCUCACAGUCCUCUUCUGGUUCGACCACAACGUCUCCUCUCUCAUCGCACAGGGCACUGAGUUCCCGCUGCGCAAACCGGCCGGUUUCCACUGGGACAUCUUCCUCCUCGGUCUGACCACCGGUGUAGCCGGCCUUCUCGGCAUUCCCUUCCCCAAUGGACUCAUCCCUCAAGCACCGUUCCACACGACCUCGCUCUGCGUAACACGCACCGAAACCGACGAAAAAGGGCACACAAAGCGCACCACCGACCACGUCGUCGAGCAGCGCGUGUCCAACCUCGCCCAAGGCCUGCUCACCCUCGGCACAAUGAGCGGCCCCCUCCUCAUCGUGCUCCAUCUCAUCCCACAAGCCGUACUCGCGGGGCUGUUCUUCGUCAUGGGCAUCCAAGCGCUCGAAUCAAACGGCAUUACCGCGAAACUCAUCUUCCUCCUCACCGACCGGCAGCUAAUCUCGCCCUCCGAACCACUAGCGCAGAUCUCGCGCAAAUGGGUCGUCUGGGCCUUUGUAGCCCUCGAACUCAUCGGCUUCGGCGCUACCUUUGCAAUCACGCAAACCAUUGCCGCCAUCGGCUUCCCGGUCUUCAUCCUCCUGUACAUUCCCAUGCGCACCUUCCUGAUGCCACGGAUCUUCUCCGACACAGAGCUGCGCGUCCUCGACGCCCCGACCGCGAGUCCGUUUACCAUGGAGAGCGUCGGUGGGAACCACGGACAGAUGCACAACGAAUCCAGCGAUGAGACGCUCGAGGGCGCGGAGCGCGGAGAAAGCGCAGGCGUGCUCCCGGAUAGAGCGCAGGGUGCUGCGGGCGCGAGGCGGAGACGUGGGAGCUUCAGGGGCGAGGAGGGGCUCGAGAUGGAGCGCGUGGGCAAGUCGUGA